AUGGAAAUGAGUUGCGAUGACUUUCGUCGAUCCGUGCAAGAAGAAAUCGAUUCGCUUGUAAAAGAUUUCCAAGAAUUACUCAAGCAGGCAGAUGAAUAUAACCUUAUCGACCAACUUCGCCCUUAUAUUGCUGAUUUUGCGAACGCAAAGGAAAAAAUGGAGGCUCUAAAGGCGGACUGUCUCAAGGGAAAGUGUCGUCAUAUGAAUGCAUCGAUCUUCAUCGAAAAAUUCGAACGAAACCACAAUCGCGCUUGCAACGUCGUAUGUAUCCACAUGAUCGAGUGUGCCAAAAGUGUUGGAUUGAUUCAACCGGGAUUUUCGGCCUAUAAAGAAUAG